AUGCCUUGCUUCACCCAACACGUCCUUGUACUCUUCAUCACCCUUCUUAUCCUCCAUGUCGGUUCCGCAAAGGCCGACAUGCAACCUUUCCAUCAUUUCUAUACAGAAUGGGGUUUCAUUUUCGAACGCAUUAUUCGUGUCAACUGCUCAGCGGAGUACGAUAUCUACACAGACGGUAAAAUGCCGAGAUCGAAAUGGUACGAAACAUCCCGCUGGCUCGGGUCUGGUUCUACCUCGGCGAAUGUUGUUCCUCUUGCGGACUGCAUCGUCAAAAAUUCCCCUGAAUACAUGAAGGCCGGGAUGGCGGCUGCAAACGUCGUUUUGGGUUUGACACCAGCCAUCCUAAGCUCUCUUGGAUCCAGCGUCGAUGAGACGUCGACUCUUUUCGUCUGUGGAAGACGUCCAUUCCUCGCCAUCUGUCUUUGCCUCGGUUCUCCUGGCGUACCGCCGCUGCGUCUGUUCGAGCAUCGUCAACUAUCUCAGCCGUUGGAGAGACGUCAGGGUCGACUUAAACUCGAACUCUACUCAUUCGCGACAGAGGUACUCAUAUUGAUCGCUGAGUAUGUGAUUGUCUUUGCUAGCAUCGCAAAUGUUGCUCAGUUGGGUUAUGAGAUGGGCUCGAGAGUUGUGUUGGUCUUUGCACCACAUCUAUCAUACCUCAUUCUACUUUGGCUCUUCAUCGGCUCCAGCGCACACAUCUUUGCGGCCGUGUCGCUCAGUCUUCGGGUGAGAAUUGAGCAUGAAGAAUACGAAGACGAUGACGCGACUUCUGGGCUUCAGUCGUGGAUAAUCCCAUGGUGUAGGAAAGGAACUACAAAGAUAUUCUUCCUACCAGAGACACUUUUCUACAGCUUCUUUGUUGGGUUUGUGUCACUUCUUAUCGCGGCACACAUCAUAUUUGGUACGCUCGUUUUCUCUAGUGUCCUGUUCAUCUCGGUUAGAGAUUGCAUGCCUCUCAUCGGACGACUCAUGGCUUCGGUCAUUGUCUGCAGGGUCGUGUUGAUGUACGAGAUUGCCAAGAUCCGUCAUCUCUGUUGGGCAGAGGAUCCGCCAUUUUUGACAUUCGAGGACCCAGAAGACAAAGUGGAUGAUGUGAGAGAACGUGAACGUGGCUACAUGACAGGUACUGACGGUCAGCGUGAUGGAUUUUCCUUGAUUCCCAAGUUCCGUCGGUUCACAACGUUUAGCCCUGGUAAUGAGAUGUGA